AUGUCCUUCAGCGCGGCAGCUCCGCCCCGACACGGCGCCGCCUCCGCACCGGCCCAUGUAUUCGGCGGCUCCGAUGCCUCUUACAACCCACUUCCCGAUGCGGAACACGCCUCAGCCGAAUCACCUGGCUGGGAUUACACACCAGGACGUGCCGAAACCAAGUCCGGAAUCUCGUACAAGGAGUCUCAACUCGUCCACACGGAGAAGCAGCCGUGGACCGCGUCGCUUCGCGGGUGGGUGCCGGAGCUCCUCUGGUGCGUAGUGAGCACCGCCUCGGUCGCCGCUCUCGCCGGCGUCCUGAGCCGCUUCGACGGCCAGCCGCUGCCGGAGUGGCCGCUCGGGCUGACGCUCAACACCCUGAUCGCCUUCCUCGCGACCCUGGCCCGCGCCGCCUUCGUCAUCCCGGUCUCGGAGAGCAUCUCGCAGCUCAAGUGGCUCUGGUACCGCGAGGAACGGCCCUUGAAGGACUUUCAAGAUUUUGACUCGGCGAGCCGGGGGCCGUGGGGGAGUAUCCAAUUGCUGAAGACGACCAGGGCAUGGUCUCCCAGCGUGAUUUCGACCGUAGUUUUCCUUACGGCCAUCUUCACGUCGACUUUGACGCAGUCUGCCGUGACGUACCCUGUCCGUCUGGCCCGCGUCGACGGAACCGCGGUCGUCUCCCGCUCGACCUCCUUCUACUUCAACACCGCCAACGUCUUCUCCGGGGUGAACCAGCAGCACUAUACCGAGCAGUCCAUCUUCGAGGGGCUGAGCUACAGCCACACGCAGGAAUUCCCGCUUAGUCCGGCGCGCUGCCCCACGAGCGAGUGCAAGUGGGAGCCGUACACCUCGCUGAGCGUGUGCGCCAAGUUCUGGAACGUCACGGACUCGCUCAACGUCACCGUUACGCAGAGGUCUCCUCCGCCGCCGUUACGCUUCGCCUCCCUCCCGAACGGGAUCUCAGCCAACCUGAGCGGCUACUACCAGGGAAUGGUCGUCCUGAGAGGCACGCGGCGGCCCAUAGCCUCCGACGUGAACCCUGAGUCGUCCAUACUCAACUUCACCGUGCUCUACUCCCUGCGCACCGGCCCGGUCGAGAUCAUCGGCGCCGCCGAGGCGGUGCUCUACUUCUGCACCAAGACGUACGACCUCUCGUUCGCCGGCAACAUCGAGUCGAGGUCCGUCGUCGACGUCACGACUAAUGUCGAGACAGGGUCCGUCGAGCUGCCCGCGGGCCAGGGCCGCCGCGAGCUGCCGGCCAUCAAGGACCCCCUCGAGCCCGGCGCCAACUUCCCGUUCGGCGGGACGGGGCUCGGGUCCAUGGUGGAGAGCUUGGCGUAUGCCCUCAACGGCACGUACGCGGACAUGGGCGCCAGCGAUCCGAGCACGCUCGGCCUGGCGCCGGCGCGGUACUGGGCCGCGUUGCAGUACGGGGCCAAGACCCUCGAGGACCAGGGUAGGCCGGGUGUUUCGCAAGAGACCGUAAUCAACGAAGGCAUUGCGAACAUUACGGGCAACGUUGCGAGGAGCUUAUCGAACCGGCUGAUCAAAGGCACCCCCAGGAUAACAAAAGACACCACCAAUGUCACGGGCGACGUCCUGGCCGCCGAGACCUUCGUCCAGGUCCGCUGGCCCUGGCUCGCCUUCAUAUCCUCCCAGGUCGCCCUCUCCGCUCUGCUCCUCGCGAUCGCCAUCAUCCAGACCAGGGUGGCGCGCAUCGGGGUCGUCAAGAGCUCCGUGCUGCAGGGGCUGGUCGCCGUCAACUCCAAGGACAAGCAGGCGCUGGAAAUCUGUCUCGCGCAGCGGAAGCACCAGGACGAGGUCGACGAGAUUGUCAGGAGGGGACCUGGGAUCGCGUGGAGUCUGGGAAUGACGGAACGUGGGUGGAAACUAGGCUGCUAG